AGGAUGGCAUUUUGCCGAGAAUUUUCUGGAAUUUGAAGUGUCAUUAAUACGGUGAUUUCUGCGGCAGAACGGACGGCUUGUCUCGAAGAAGAAAAAAACAAAGGCGAGAACUUAUUGUGAAUCAGCUUCGCUACAACAAGUGGAAAUCGUUUUCAUAUCUGUGGUAUUUUUAAGAAACGUGGGGUUUUCAUAAAUUUGGAAUAAAUCAUGGAUCAGGUAAAUCAGUUAAAAGAGAAAGGGAACGCAGCUCUCUCUUCGGGUAAUUAUAAAGAAGCUAUAGAGACUUACACAAGUGCAUUAAAUUUAGACCCUCAGAACCACGUUUUAUUCAGUAAUCGAUCGGCGGCUCAUGCUAAAGCUGGUAAUUAUGAAGCUGCUCUUGAAGACGCUGUAAAAACUAUUUCAAUAAACCCCAGUUGGAGCAAAGGAUAUUCUAGAAAAGGCAGUGCUUUAGCAUAUUUAGCAAGAUUCGAGGAGGCUAUUGAGAGUUAUCAAAAAGGCUUACAGUUAGAUCCCAAUAACCAGCAACUCGCGUCUGGAUUAGCUGAAGUUAAGAGGCAGGCUGAUGAGGCACAGAUGAAAAUACAACAAAUUUAUGCUAAGUUACAUGCUAAUCCACAGACAAGAGAAUGGUUGAAAGAUCCAGAAUAUGUAAAAAUAGUUGAGAAACUUGCUUUAAAUCCAUUUGAUAUUCAGUCUCUUGAUGCUAAAAUGCAAGACAAAAGAAUUCUCACAACCAUCGGUAUUAUGUUUGGUGUUGAUAUAAAUGUACCAAUGGAUGUAGAUCCGCCAGCAGCAGAGAAGAAACCUUCACCACCACCAAAGAAAGAAGAGCCACCUAAACCAAAAUAUGACGAUUUACCUGAGAACCGAAAACUAGCUUUACUAGAAAAAGAUCAAGGCAAUGAGUUUUAUAAGAAAAAAGACUUUGAAAAUGCUUUAAAACACUAUCAGAAGGCCAUAGAACAUGAUUCAACUGAUAUAACAUUCUAUACUAAUAUGGCUGCUGUGUAUUUUGAACAAAAAGAAUAUGAGAAAUGCAUCAAAGAAUGUGAAAAGGCUAUUGAAAUUGGUAGAGAGAAUAGAGCAGAUUUUAAAUUAAUAGCUAAAGCAUUCACUAGAAUUGGAAACGCAUACAAAAAGAUGGAACAAUGGAAAUUGGCAAAAACAUAUUUUGAGAAAUCUAUGUCAGAACAUCGCACUCCAGAAAUCAAAACACUGCUUAGUGAGGUGGAGAGGAAGAUUGCUGAAGAAGAGAAGAAAGCAUAUGUCGAUCCAGUUAAAGCAGAACAAGAAAAGGAACUCGGCAAUGAGUAUUUUAAAAAGGGUGACUACAGUGCAGCAGUUAAACAUUACACUGAAGCGAUUAAACGCAAUCCGGACGACCCCAAGUUAUAUUCGAAUCGUGCCGCAUGUUACACAAAACUUGCAGCUUUCGAUUUAGGUUUAAAGGAUUGUGACCAGUGCUGCCAGCUUGAUCCUAAGUUUAUCAAAGGAUGGAUUCGAAAGGGAAAGAUCUUACAGGGUAUGCAACAACAUGCAAAGGCACAGAAUGCUUAUCAAAAAGCUUUGGAGUUGGAUCCUAGCAAUGCUGAAGCUCUCGAAGGAUACCGCGCCUGCUCUACACAACUUAAUUCUAAUCCUGAAGAGGUCCGCAAGCGCGCGAUGUCCGACCCGGAGGUGCAGCAGAUCCUGCGCGACCCGGCGAUGCGCUGCAUCCUGGACCAGAUGCAGCAGGACCCGCACGCGCUGCAGGACCACCUGCGCAACCCGCACGUCGCCGCCAAGAUACAGAAGCUGCUCGAGUCCGGACUCAUCGCCAUACACUAGCCGCUAGCUGUUCCCGAACACCCGAGUUGCUAAGAAUAAUGAUGAUCACAAAACCAGUUAGUUACCUGUUCCCAACUCGAAGCAAUCACAGUCGCUGAAACGAGAUAGGUCUACAAACUCGUAUAGUACUAUCUCACUUUAACACUGGAAUUUGCAUCGCUUCUCAUUAUUUUAAGAUUUUAAAGGCAGAAGUUUCAAUUCUAGUAGAUUUACUGUUCCGAUGUCAAUAUGUCUGUUAUUCAGAACACAAUGUAAUAAUAAUAAGUACACUGAAAUAAAAACUGCAAUUACAUU